CUUGUUCUUUGAAGAAUCUAAGGCAUACAACGAAGUGUGAAAAGGAUCAUGGCCACAGAUACCGAUAAGAAGAAACCUGAAAACAAGGGUGGAAAUUUGAUUCAUGAGGUGUUUUCUUGGUCACUUGACGAUGUGCUUAACAAAAAUCUCUACAAAAGCAAGGUAGCAGAGAUUCCGAAGACGUUUCCAUCUGUAAGCGACUAUACCAAGUCAUUUGUCUAUCCUCUUUAUGAGGAGACACAUGCGGACUUGUUGUCAAAGAUGCUAGGAGUCAACCGUUCUCCCACAGCGGAAAUAAUUAAAGUUAAAAAGUCUAAAGAUUUUAGGCUACCUAAAGCCUUAUUCUACACCAUUGUGCUAAAGAGACAUCAAGGAUUCUAUUCACCUGAGGUUGGAGAUCUUAUUGCUUUGACUGAUGUGAAACCAAAAUGUGUUGAUGAUCUUAAGAGGCCAAACAAGCCUUACCUCAUUGCUUUAGUGCAAAGCAUGAAGGCCAACAAAUCGCAUUAUCAACUUUGUAUUUUAUCAUCGAAACCAAUAAUUCCAGAAGUUGUUGAAAUGGAUAUUCGGAAAGAUGUAACAAGUUAUAGUAGAAUGAAUGUAAUCCAUUUUGUUGUUUAUCUUACAAACUUGACAACAAAUAUCCGUAUUUCUCAAGCCCUUCAUGCGGAGGUAGAAGGGGAGAGAAAGAAGAUCAUUGAAAAACUGCUGCGAGCUGAUUCUUCUUCUGUUGAAGAAAGUCACCUUGAAUUUUCGAUUGAUACAACUGAAGACUUGACUUUAUUGAAGAUUAAAAAAAUUCUCAAAUCAUUUCAGCUUGAUAGUUCACAAGAAGCUGCUGUUUUGAGCUGCAUUGCUGCAAGAAAACAUGGUGAUCAAAAUACAAUUAAGUUAAUAUGGGGGCCUCCUGGAACUGGAAAGACAAAAACUAUUGGUUCUUUAUUGUUUAUGUUUCUGAUGAUGAAAUGCAGAACCCUCACUUGUGCUCCUACGAAUAUUGCAGUUGUAGGUGUUACAAAAAGAAUUAUGAGCUUAGUGAGAGACUUUUUGAGAUAUGGGACUUAUGGUUUAGGAGAUAUAGUUUUAUUUGGGAAUGGAGAAAGAAUGAAGAUCGAUGAUUGCAAAGACCUUUCAGAAAUAUUCUUAGAGUUUCGUGUCAAGAUUCUUGCUGAUUGUUUAGCUCCACGUUCAGGAUGGAAAGGUAGCAGUGAGUGGAUGAUUAGUUUCCUUGAAGAUCCUGAGCAACAGUAUCGCAUGUACUUGAGGGAAAAGGUACAAUGUGAUGAAAUGGAGAGUGAUAGUAGUGAUACUGAUGAGAAAGCUCAUAGCGAAGAAGAUGAAGAUGAGGAAUAUUUGAUUCCUGAUCAAAAAGAGAAAUCAGAGGACGCAAUGUUAAAGAAAGCACUGAAAAAGAAUAACUGGAAGACCCUCAUUGUAAGUACCUUGAAAGGGAACAAGAAAUUGUCAAAUAGUGAGGCCACACAAGAGGAUGCAAGUGAGGUUCCUUCAAAGCAAAAAUCAGACAAGAAGAAUUUUCAAGAAAAUAUUUUAACUUUCGAGCAGUUUGUGACAAAUGGGUUCACUUUUCUUGGAAAUCAUAUUAUACAUUGUGUUGAAAGCUUAUACACAUAUGCCGACAUCUAUUAUUUCCCUUGA